CAAAGACAACAGGUUCAGUUUGCUGCAACUUCUUACAACUCUUGCACUUCAUGGUAAGAUUCCCACAUGUCUCUUUACUACAAAUGCAGUAUUAACUCAUCCUUCUUUUCAGCACUUGGUAGUGAAAUCAUAAAUGGUGAAAAGGUCCCGGAGAACAAAAUGCAGUUUAUGGCCUCGGUUCAGAACAGCAGAAACAAACAUAUCUGUGGAGGAUUCCUCAUCAAUUAUGACUUUGUGGUCACUGGGCACGUCACUUCAUGGGGUGGUAUUCCUUCCGAUGUUAUCUGUGCCGGCGGUUAUGGCAGCCACAAAGGCUUCUGUCAGGGUGAUUCUGGUGGUCCUCUGGUGUGUGACGGGAUAGCUGUUGGUGUUGUGUCUUUCAACAACAACAAAAUCUACCCAAAUUAUCCCAACGUCUACACAGAGAUCUCCAAAUACCUUGGCUGGAUCAACAGUUAAAAAGCUUAAUAUUAUGCAAUAUCAUAAAGCUUUGCUUCAGCACACUUUGAAUGUAUUUAGGAGGGGAGGCUGUGUCUCAGCUGCUCUGUCAGUGUUCGCUCAAUGUUGUUUUCUCUUUUCUUUAUCCGAACACAUGAGGUUUGAAUCACUUAUAGGAAAACGUUUUACUUCAGCAAACAUUCAUUGUAAUAUGGAGGCUUUGUGGUGUCACAGAUUGGUCUAUCAAGGUUUAUUUCAUCAGUAUACAUUCAUUUUGUAUGUUUAAAUAAUCAUAAUGAGAUCCUGCACUUGGAGAGGUUGAGCAUGUGACGUCACCAUAGUUUCAAUGUCGGAUUAACAGUAUCAGAAAUCUAACUCAGCUGAAAUUGUUUUACAUGCUUUUAUUACUAGUCGCUUGGACUACUGCAAUUCUCGUGGUCUCCAAAAAAAAUCUUUAAAGAAAUUGCAAUUAAUUCAGAAUGCUGCGGCCAGGAUUUUAACAAACACAGAAAAAAGGGAUCGCAUUUUCCCUGUGCUGGCAUCACUGCACUGGUUACCGGUGUCUUUCCGAGUUGAUUUUAAAAUGCUUUUAAUUAUUUACAAGGCUUUACAUAACCUGGGCCCUACACACGUCAGGGACUGCCUUUCUUUUUAUAACCCAACAAGGACACGCGGAUCCUCCGAUGCAUUUCUUUUAGAAGUACCUAAAGUA